CUGCCGGUUUCCCUACGGUCCCCGUGGGGCCGCAGUCCUCGUGGCCCCGCCCCGGCUUGAGCCCUCGCCUCCUUCGCCCGCGCAGUCACCCCGCGGGGCGGCCGCCCGUGAAGUAGCGAUCACGGCUUGUGACAACGAAUAAGUUCCCUCGAUAGCGGCGCCCUCAGCAACAGCUGGGUGAGCAGCCCGGCCCGGGAGUGGCGGCCCUUACGCUACCGUGAGGAGCGAGCGGCGGAGGCGACCUCCAGCCCGGCCCCGCACCAGCCCCCCGGCCGGCGCGACAUGAGCCUGGUCUGGCAUCCACGGGAUGCUCCUUGAACCCCUUCUCCAGCUGUUACCUCUGGAGGACGGUUGUGGCCACACCGAUACGUAUUUUCCACAUAGAUCAUUCUUUAUUCUUGCGACCGCGGCGGAGCCGAAUACGUUAUUUUAAAUUUAUUCAGCAAGCACUUAGCCAGCCCUCAUCCAGAGAAACAACUUGGUAAGCUUUUCGAGGGAGCCCGGACGGCCUGUGGAAGUCACGUCCCUCGAAUGUUUUGGAAGUUGGAAGAGCCUAUAUUGUCCUCAUCAUAGUACAGAAGAAUCCAAGAUAGGAGAGAGAGGCAGCAACGGAUGAAGACGAUAAAAGAAAAGAAGAAGGAAUGCCAAAGACUGAGAAAAUCUGCCAGGACUAGAAGGGUAAUCCAGAGAAAGCCAUCUUCAGAGCCUGUUUGUCGACUAUGCCUUCGAGAACCUGGGGAUCCUGAGAAGCUAGGAGAAUUCCUUCAGAAAGACAAUCUCAGUGUGCAUUAUUUCUGUCUUAUCUUAUCUAGUAAGCUGCCUCAGAGGGGCCAAUCCAACAGAGGUUUCCAUGGAUUCCUGCCUGAAGAUAUCAAAAAAGAGGCAGCCCGGGCUUCUAGGAAGAUCUGCUUUGUGUGCAAGAAAAAAGGAGCUGCUAUCAGUUGUCAGAAGGACCAUUGCAUCAGAAACUUCCAUCUGCCUUGUGGCCAAGAAAGGGGUUGCCUUUCACAAUUUUUUGGAGAGUACAAAUCAUUUUGUGGAAAACAUCGCCCAACACAGGACAUCCAACAGGGGAAAUUGAGGGAGGAAAACUGCGUCUUAUGUUGUGAAGACUUAUCUCAAGCGAGUGUUGAAAACAUCCAGAGCCCAUGUUGUAGUCAAACUAUCUACCACCGCAAGUGCAUCCAGAAAUAUGCCCACACAUCAGCAAAGCAUUUCUUCAAAUGUCCCCAGUGUAACAACAAAGAAGAGUUUCCUCAAGAAAUGCUAAGAAUGGGAAUACAUAUUCCAGACAGAGAUGCUGCCUGGGAACUUGAACCAGGGGCUUUCUCAGAGUUAUACCAGCGCUAUCAGCACUGUGAUGCCCCCACCUGCCUGUAUGAACAAGGCAGAGACAGCUUUGAAGAAGAAGGGAAGUGGUGCCUCGUUUUGUGUGCUACGUGCGGAUCCCAUGGAACCCAUAGAGAUUGCUCCUUUCUUAGAUCCAACGGCAAGAAAUGGGAAUGUGAGGAGUGUUCACCUUCUCCUUCAGCCGCAGUCUAUGUACCUGAAAAUUCAAAUGACAUCCCCUGCUGCAGCAGCACCUUCCAUCCCCAGGAGCAAUUCUACAGAGAUUCCAGCCCGGGAGAAAAUCCAGGCUCUUGUUGGAAUGAUUGGCCAGGACCUUCCUUGGUUGAAAAUCCAGAGUCCUCUGGUGGCAGGAGGAACCAUUCCUGGCAGUCCAAGGGAAUCAAAGUUCCUAAGAGCUGCAAAAAAUCCCAGUAACAGCUUCUGAGUAGUUGCUGCCAAGCACAGUUGGGUACGAAGUAGCACUCCUCCAUUGGGUAUUGGGGAAGGAGGGAACAUUUUGGGACUGUGAGACAGGGAAAGAGGGCCUGCAGUGAGACUAUGAGCCAAGCAAAGAAGCCCCAGGAGAGCGGGAGGGAAGAGCAGAGGCAAGAUGCCAACAGCCAGAUGUAUGUGUGGCUAUGAGAGUGCCUUUGCUUGCUCUUCCCAGUUCUCUUUAUUCCACCAAGAUUCUUCCACCUUAAUCUGGUUCUCAUAUGCCUCUUCUUACUUCACUCAUGCUUGUUAUUUUGCAAAUAAAAGUUUUCUCUCCGUUGAUGUCUCC